AAAAUCAGUUGGCUACGAAAGGCAAGCGUUAAGGUUUCGAUCGGAGGUGUAUCGCUUUAGUUAGAGAUUCGAAAUGGUGGUCAUUAAGAACGAGCAGAAUAUCUCGGUGCCCGAGUAUCUCAACGAGCACUUCUUCACAGAGACCCUGGAGGAGGGUUUGCGGGAGUCGAAGGUGACCCUGAAGGAGAUCAAUUUUGCGUGGGGCAGCAAUCCGGGGGACAACUAUUGCUCGGCUAUCUAUCGUGUCGGAGUCUCGUUCGCUAGAUGGGCCGACGGUGGGGAAUCCCCGGUGACGGAGCAGCUUUCGCUAAUUGUGAAGACCAUUCCGAUCACCGAAGCCACUCAGUUUCUGGAGGAUGUCUGUGUGUUCAUCAAGGAGAAGCAGACCUACACUGAUGUCUUGCCGCGAUUGGAUAUCCUCAGCCGUGGCGACACAUUCGGAGCAAAAUACUAUCACUCUGUGAAGACUCCGGUGCAAACGAUCGUGUUCAGUGACCUCACGGUAGAGGGAUUCAAGGUGGCCUCGCGUGAAAAAGGCCUGGACUGGAACCACGCCUCACUCAUUCUUCAGCAACUGGGAAAGUUCCAUGCCACCUCCAUGGUGCUGGCCAAGAAGGAUCCCGCUAUUGUGAAGCAAUACACGCGUGGCAUGCUCAGCGAGGACAUCCUGAUGAAGAGCGACACCUUCGAGCAAAUGUUCGGCGGCUUCCUCAAGGGCCUCAUCAAGAGCUCAGCGAGCUGGGCCGGCUACGAGAAGAUUAGCAAGCACUUGCAGCGCCUUAUGGACAACUUCCGGAACGUGUGUGCGGAUGCGCCCAGGCCGAGGAAGGGUGAUCGCUACGUGGUGCUCAACCACGGGGAUUUGUGGACCAAUAACUUCAUGUACGGAUACGAUAACGCUUCACAGCCGGACGUUCCCACGCGUGCCAUCUUCGUGGACUUCCAACUCAGCUUCUAUGGCAGUCCGGCCUGCGAUCUGAACUUCUUCCUGAACACCAGCAUCAAGCUGCAAUUGCUGCAGGAGCGCCGCGAGGAGCUCAUCAAGGUGUACUAUGCAUCCUUCAAGGAUGCUCUGGAGUACGCCCGCUUCGAGGACAUUCCCAGCUAUGAGGAUCUGCAGUACGAGCUGCGCAGCCGCGAAACCUACGGACUUUUCGGCAUGUUCGCCUUCCUGCCCAUGAUCACCAUGCCCAAGGAGCUGGCCCAGGACAACAGCAUUGAGAACAUGCAGGACGAGGCCUUCAAGCAGCGCAAGAUGGAUGCCAUCUUCUCGCAAAAGUUCCUGAACGACCACCAAAAGUGGGCUCUGAAGCGAGCUGAUUCACUUGGCGUCUUCGGGGACUACUGAAAAGUGGCAUGAGUAUUAUAAUGGUUGGGGUUCUGUGAUAUAAAUGGAGGCUCUUCCAAGGCACACAUCCUUGAUAUAGCUAUAUUAGCUUUCGGCCUGAGAAUGUAAAUGUUUUGGAUUGAUUAAAGUACCAAACCUGACUUCAAUGCAAUAAAUCAAACUAACG